GUCGUGGACGUUAGUGCUCGAACUCUAGAAAAUUUUAAAAAAAGACCCAAGCCAACACUCCCUCCGGUCAACGAACUUGUUGGCUUCCUAGAAAGACCUCUUUCCGAAGAUUUAAAGAUACCACUUCUUCAAUAUCAAUACGAUUGCUUAAUAUCAAAUAACUUUGAAGAUUUGUGCACUUCAAAAGACCUCAAUAUAUUAUUUUGUGUUAGCAAAUUUGAAAACUCCUUCGGAUUUUAUAGUAAAUUUGUUUCUGCAUCUUUAUGGAACAAUCCACCCUCAAACGUUGGGACUGAAUAUUCCUUCGUUUCAUUCUGGGAUAAUAACAUUCGAUACCCUUUGGAAUUGCUUCUUCCUGAUGGUAAUUUUGUCCGGAAUACCUCCAAACACAUGAGUACUAACAGAGAUCGGCCAGACUAUGGCUUCCUUCUCAGUAAUGCCUGUCUUUUCAGAGGUGAGGAGAAAUCAUUUCUUAAUGAGGAUCCAAGAGCUGAACUUGGGAACAAACUCGUUUGGACUUACGAACCCGCCCCAUAUAUACUUGGAUAUUAUGCAAAUGGGCCCACUGUUGAAUUUGUUGCUAUUUGUUCACCACAGCCCGGGUCUACCGAGCCAAAUAUUUUCAACAUCGCAAAAUCAGACUUACAGACUAAGGCGCAGAGGAUUCUUCAUUUGCGACGGAUGAUAAACCUAAGUUUAAUCAUUGAAUCAAUUCACAAUGCGAUUGGAUUACACGAUUUUCCUGAAUUUUAUCCAGUUAAAAGGAGUGAUAAGAUUAUCGAAGUGUGUGCCACGAAAGUUAAAAAGACCUUUACACAUUCUUAUCCUGCAAUCAAUUAUGGACGUGUUGAAAAACUCAGGAACAUAUACAAGAAAUUGGAGGUUAAAGGUGUACCAAACGUUGACAAACUUUUUGCUUCCUAUUGCGAUGAAAAACAUGGAGCUGUGGUUUAUCUUGAACCGAAGGGAAUAAGAGUUAAUCCAAGUAACCAGGAAGAGCUUCUUAACGCAAUCAUCUGUAUUCUUGAAACACUUGAGGUUUUGCAUAGUGAAGACGAUCCAAUAUUUCAUCAAGACAUCAGAUGGUCACACGUUGUAAGACUGUCCAAUGAAAAAUCGAAAUGGAUUCUAAUAGAUUGGGAUGAUUCUGAUAGUCCCCCAACUCGACCUGCAAGCCACCUUGCAAAAGAUAAUCAUACUCCGGAAGUAUUUGAGGCAGGUCAUGGUGGAGAAGUUGAUAUUUGGGGUGUUGGAAGAUUAAUUACGGAUGCAAGUAUAUGGAUUACAGGCCUAUCACAUAAUAUAAUCAAAUUUGGAGAACAAAUGCAAAGUAACAAUAAACCGUCGGUUUAUGACGCUAUAAAUUUUUUAAAGUCUUUGGCAAAAUAG